UAAUUAGACGGUCUCGGAUGUUGAUGCAAUGGAGCAGCAAUUGGCAGACCCUACCUUCCAGAAACAAGUGAUUCUACUUGUCUAGGUGGGUCGUGGUAUGGAAACGUUUGGGAACCCCUGACGUAGUGGAGAGCAAGAUAGGGCCGUUGGGAGAGCAAGGACAGUGGAGUGAGGAGCUGCACUUUCUGGUACCGUGGAAGGAUGACCAACCCCCGCCGACAGCUGUGCUGGCGCAGUGUUUUUGUGACUUUCGCAGUCUGUACCGGUACCAUGGCGUCUGGCGAGGAGGACAGAACUGUUGAGGAGAAAGAAACCAACAACAAGAAGCGGACGAAAGGCGCCAUCGCAACGGCAUGGCUCACGUUCUACAAUAUUGCCAUGACAGCUGGAUGGCUUGUGCUGGCUGUUGUCAUGGUCCGGUAUUACCUUCAGAAAGGCACCCAUAAAGGCUUGUACAAAAAUAUAGCAAGGACACUUAAAUUUUCCCAGACAUUUGCACUACUAGAGGUUGGACACUGUGCUAUUGGAAUUGUGCGGACAUCUGUAAUUGUGACGGGGGUCCAAGUAUGUUCUCGGAUAUUCAUGGUUUGGUUUAUUACAAACAGCAUCAGACAGAUUCAGAACGAGGAGAGUGUGAUCUUGUUCGUAGUAGUUUGGACGAUUACAGAGAUCACUCGUUACUCUUUCUACACUUUCAACUUGCUCAAUCAUCUGCCAUACUUCAUCAAGUGGGCCAGGUAUAACAUGUUUAUUGUCAUGUAUCCCUUGGGAGUAAUUGGAGAACUGCUGACCAUACAUGCCGCCUUACCAUAUGUGCGGAGAUCUGGCAUGUACUCCCUGAGGCUCCCCAACAAAUACAAUGUGUCCUUUGACUAUUACUACUUCUUGAUCAUCGUCAUGCUGUCCUACAUCCCGUUGUUUCCUCAGCUGUACUUCCAUAUGCUGCGUCAGAGGAGGAGGGUGCUUCAUGGAGAAAUUGUAGUAGAGAAAGAUGAGUAGAAAUAAACAACUAAUAAAAAACCC